GUUUUUACUCGAGAUAGCAGUUAGCUAGCGUUUACUGCUGAGACGGAUUAUACCACCUUUGGAGCGUGUCAUUAACUGUCGGGCUUUUUCUUGCUCUCUACAGUCCUUCUGUACACAGCAGGGGAAAUGAGCAACAUUUGAACGUGACAGCUACCGCAGGAGAACUCGGAGUUUAUGCAGCUAGUGGUGUGCAGCGGAGAUCUAAAACUUUCGCGAGGGCGUGGUGCCGUCGACAAUUAGCCCACGAAUGAUGGAGCCGUGCAGAAAAGGACUGGUCUACCUCUUUCCUUUCCUUCUCUGUGGGACGGCAAUGCUGAAUGCGUGUUGGGGAGAUUCAGGGGACGGUAAUGCCUAUUUUUUCCAGUACACUACAACAGCCGUCUCAGACCUCAGCCUCUUUAACCCUCAGGUAAUCAAUAUGCACAACCCUCUCACUAUUAUAAUCUACUGCUCCCUGUCAUAAUAUUAAUACCCUGCAGAUAUAUCGACUCUAUUGAUCAGCUCAGAAACCACAUCCUCCACACAUACUUCCAGCAAAGCUUUUCCUAUUAUCACUGAUGUCAUGACCAGCAGUACUAGAACCUCAAGUCCAGCUACAGUCACCCAAUCACAAACAGUUUUAUCCACAUCACUUGCAUCGGCUGCCAACAACCCAUCGUCAACUUUUACGCCCACAAUAACUCAGUUGUCUCCCACACCAGCUAUUUCACUGACUCCAAACCUUUCGUCAACACUGCCUGAACCAACAAGUGAGGGACCUUCUUCUACAUCAGCAGUAUCGGAACGCACUGGAUCUCUGUCUGUGUCGACAGACACACCAAGUCCCAGUGUCCCCCGGGAGUCUACACUUACCACCAGUCUUGAAACCACACCCACAUCACAAACAAACACUGCAGAGACCACACCCACAGCUGAAUUAAUUCAAGCUACACCCACAACUACUCCUGGUACAACAUCGACUGGCAGUGAUGAGGGUGUUUUUGAAAAGAUUACCGACUUCUUCACUUCUCUCCCGGAUGAGCCUGCAGUCCUCAUAGGAGUGAUCCUGGGGCCAGUGGCAGUCAUUCUAACAAUCGUCGUCAUCUGUGUCGGAUGCUGCUGUCUGCGUAGCUCCAUGAAGAAAAACAGCGCGAGAUUCGAUCUGGCGGGCAGCACCACUGGCGCCAGCAGGAAUGGAGGGAUCGGUGCCACCUACCGCCCGCGCAGCAGAGCCUCAGUCCAGGAGAUGAGACACUACGACCCUGACGCGUUCUACGGCGAAUUUGCCUACCAGACGGCCAGCCAGCCUUACCACACCACCAUGGCGGCAACUUCUCCUGACGCAUUCCUGGAUCCCCUUCCUUCAAUCUCUCCGCUCUCCUAUCCAUCUCAGCUGCGACACUACUUGACUUCGCCCGAAAAGCGAGACCACCCGUCUUCCCCAACUCCAAGAAUCUCCCUCACCCAAUCCCCCAACCGGAUCCGCAAGUAUCCCGGGGGCUCCCCUUCCCUUACACGUCCAACGCCACUCGGGGAACAGUUGCAGAGACAAGCGGAGAGAAAUUCGAUGCAGGGCUCUCGGAAUUCGAUCCAGGGUUCGCGAGCCUCUAUCAGUGCCAUGGGCUCCAGAACAUCGUUUAGCGGCUCGCGAAACUCCUUCCUCAGCAGCAAUAACACCAUGUCGAGGGACGAGAUGAGAAGCUCAGGGUUUAUGGCCAGUGGCAAGACAAUGAGCGAGGAAGAGACGAGCUCCCUGACCAGUAACCGGCCUCUCAUGAGGCAGGCGUCACUCGACAUGGUCCCCACGAGGGAAUCCCCUGUUCAACUCCCGCCACCUCGGAAGAGGAGAGAGUACAAGAGCCUCACGUGCAUCACUAAUCCACUGGCCGUGGAGGAAUCAGAGGCAAGAGAGGAAGGGGAUGGCGUUGACGAGAAUGAUCUUCGGAAGGACCCACUUGUCCCAGUUAUGACUUCGACACCAGUCAACCAGGGGGCAGAGGAUCUUCCAACAAAAGAGGCAAAGCAACGGCAUAACAAGGCGGAAGUGUCGUGGAAGGUGACGGAAUCUGGGAGCUCGUCAACCCUCACGACACCGCGGAAGAAGAGCCUGAGGCAGCUCACAAGCCUGCCUCUUCCCGAAGCGGAGGAGAGAGAAGGGGACGAGAAUGAUCAAGAAGUGUCUACGGCUUUGUCAAAAAGGGCAGAGGGAGGAGGAGACAAUGAAAAGCCGGAGAAAGACGAGAAAGCUCCAGCGAAACCAAUGUCUCGACUUGAGAAACUGACGUCUCUCACUUACAACAUCCGCUCGAGCAUCCGACGCUCGCUGAAGAAGAAGAGGGUCUCGUUUCUCACUCGCACGCCCGAAUCGACACCCAAGGCCAAGAAGAAGACGCCUCCCCGCACCCUCCCCACAGCCGAGCCUGAUUUUGACCCCGACCCCCUCAUGUUCAGCAAUCCAGAGGCAUUUGACACCGAGGGACCCAUGCUGUCGCCCCGAAUACACACCCCUUCCCCACUCUCUCCCGAAUUCGAGGGAGUAGAUGAUUAUCCUCAGCGGUACUUCGACGAUUUACACAAUCCCGACGUCUACCCUGAGACACAUGCACUCCGUCAUCCUUACCCCGGAGUAGGUGGCGGUGGAAGAAUGAGAACCUACAGCGACGUACCCAUGUUUGCUCCCCAGUUGAGUCAGCCCACCUACUACCCUUCCACAAUGCACUAUCCGCAGCCCAGCUACCCUCAGUUGAGCCAGCAGUACAUCCCUACUUCCUACGGUCCUCCCCAGCCUCCGGUUGGUAGUCCUUCACACCGUGGCUUCGGGCCGCUCUCGUUUCAACCGACAUUUCAGCAGCCGCUUGUCGGGAGCCCCCCACAUCACAAUCUCGGACCACUGUCUUUGCCUCCA